AUGCAGACAGUUGUCGUCCUCUGGCCAAACGCUGUGUACCCUGACCUGUUUCCACGGCAAGCGCAACGUCCCCGUGUCCUCGGUUCGACCCCUAUGUCGGGGAGCGUUGCAUUUCUCAUGCAGCCAUUGAGGCUCGACUAUCACCGUCUCACCAAGCGACCGCCCCCGGCCAGCAAGUCUUUUCAUCGUGGAACAACUCUUCACAACCCCUGGCCUCAUUGA